UAAGUGAAUAAGUUAGGUAUUAACUAGAUCUAUUUUAAAAAUAGCUGUCGAUAUUUUUUAGCCUAUAACUAACAUAUUUUAAAAUAUUAUUUGACAAUUUGAAACUGUUUUAAUCAAAAGGUAAUGGUUAUAGAGCUGCUACCAGCUUCCAUUGUAGAUUCUCUAGUUCACAGUCAUGUAUCCCAACGUCAAUCAACAUACAAAGCGCAGAAAGAAACGUGUUCUUCAAGGUACUAAAACAGUAGUAUUGGUGAGAGGAAAAGUAGGCUAUGGCUUCACAAUAUCUGGUCAGAAUCCAUGCAUGUUAAGCUGCAUAGUACCAGGAAGUCCAGCUGAUGUUGCUGGUUUGAAAGCUGGUGAUCUGCUAUAUUUUGUGAAUGGUCAAAAUGUUAGUAAAGCAUGCCAUGAUGAUGUUGUAAGAAUGGUUGGCCUAUCUACUGGAAGUCUUGAAUUACAGGUUGCUGAGAAUUAUAAUAGUUCAGAUUCUUCUGAUGAUGACUAUCCACCCAGAAGUAAAUCAAGAUAUCCAAAUAGAAUUAGGCCUAGAGUCAAUCCUGCAGUCAAAGCUUCUAAAUAUGAAAGAGCACCACCUUCAUAUCAAAGAGAUAGAAAAGAAAAUCAGUUAAAACAUUAUAUUCCAGCAGGUGCAGAAUCUGAUCUCUCCUCAAGUCUGACAUCCCAGGAAGAUCAAGCCUGGGCACAUGUUGCAGAACUGGCCUGGGGCAAAAAUAGACAGGAAAAGUUUUCAAGUAAGAAAGACUCUGACAGAUACGAGGCUAAAGAUGUACAGCAUACUGGUUUUGUAAAUGGGGCUUUACAAAAUGGAUCAGUGGCAACAGCCAAAAAAAUUUCUUUAUCUGCUGCAAUUGUUAAAAAGGUCCCCCAGGUAGCUGAAAUAAAAGCACCACAGCAAAGUGAUUCUGAAGAAAACAUAAAAAAAUCUGUAGAAUUGACAGCAUCUAAUAGAGAUCGGCCUUCAGUGUCUCCCAAUGGAGAAAUCAAUAGUGACAAACAAGACAUUAACCAACAGAAAUCAACAAACUCAGCUAAAGCAGUUGUUGGUUACAUAGGUUCAAUAGAAACUCCCAGUUCUCAUACACGCCCACACCAGAGGCUCCAGGCCUUGCGUAAUGCAGUAAGGAGGUUGAGAUUGGAGAAACGAGUCCACACUUUGGUCUUGAUGCAAGUCAACCCCUCUGGGGUCACACUCACCAAUUCCAUUGGAAAGCAGGUUGCAUUCUAUCCCCAUGAGAGAAUAGCUUUUAGUGGCAUUUGUCCAGAUGAUGAGAGAUUUUUUGGUCUGGUGACACUGAGCUUACCUGACGAUGAUUGCAGUAGUUACACCAAUGGAGCUGAAAGUUUUAAAAUUCCCAACUCAUCUUGUCACAUCUUUAUGAUUGAGCCAGAACUAAGUCCACACAGUGCUCAUUUACAGCAUGCUGAGGCUUUUCAGAUACAUUGUACUAACAGCCAUGAGAUGUACCGAUGUGUUGAGUUCCCAAAGUCACCUACAUCACUUAUUUUGUGCAUUGCCAACCUAUACCGUGAUGCACCACCCAGAAAGUUUGAUACUGAGAUAGUCCAGUCACAGGCACUGGCUGAUCCUAUGGUUAAACUGGAGCAGGUCAACAGCAGUGGCAAUGGAAACAAUAGCAACAGUGACAGUGGCCUUGGGUUUGGUCGUGAAGAAGCUCCUAUAGAACAGAAUGAACAAGUGUGUAUUGUAGAAUUGCCUUAUAGAAUGUACCAACUAAAUACCAGUGAUACGUCAAAUGCCUUAGAUCUCAGUAAUAUGUCAACUCAAGGCAAUCUUUCUCCGGAAGUGGAUGUUGUUAACAGUACUGCCAGUUCAUCCUCUAUUCAAAGACCUAUUUCUGCUUUUGAUAUUCGCAGAGGGUUGAAUAAUUCAACAAGCAGUGAAGAGUGUUGGCAACAAGGUUCAAGACCCAUCAAUAAGCUGACUCCCAGAGCCAUGCCAGAUCCUACACAACCAAGCAUCAAAGAUACUUUAUUUUCCAACAAUAUCAGUACAGAGAACUUGAGGCAGAGUAUGCAACGACUCCUUCAAGCUCGCCAGCAGCAGCUUCAAGAACAGAACUGCCUUCUAGGAAGUGAUGGUGAAUCACAUGCUGGAGACCCAAUUUUGUCUUUGUCUGUUGCUGAUGAUGGUCAUGCUAUCUUGGAGGCUGCUAAUGUUAAUCCUGUAAAGCACCACAAAUUUGUUGCUCCUGUUAGUGUGCCGUCAAGUUCCAUUCAAACCUUCAGAUCAAACAAUGUUCGUUCAGCAUUCCAAGUUCCAAGACCUGUGUCUGCACCGCUAAGCAAGCAAAGGGCACAAUCCAAGCCAGAAACUAUAGAUGUUGAAACACUUGGAAAAUUAAGUCCCAGAGCUUUUCCACCAACAUCUCCAACUUCUUUGGUGUUUAGGUCUCCAUCAGCUCCACCCGCACCCUUUUUCCCACACCAGGACUCAGAUGAAGAUGAUGAUGAUGAUAAUGAUGGAGAGGAAGAUGAUGAUGAAAGCGAAGAUGAUCCCUAUAUUCGGCGGAUUUUGGAACAGUUUAAGAAAGAUAGAAAUGCUGCUUUAGAGGAAGAUAAUCGCAGAUUAUCUGAAGGCUUUGCUUUAUCUAAAAAGCAGAGAGAGAAGCAGGAAGUUGGAAACAUCCAAAAGUGGACUAAAGCGGGAAGUUUCAGAAGGACUCAUCAAAUGAUGUUAAAACAAUCCUUCAGUCACUCCCAUGAGUCUCUUGCAGUUGGUGAGGAGUACAGCAACAAGCUAAUUACUGCUAGCAGUGUAAACAAUAUUUCUAAACAAACUGCUGAACAGGGUCGUAUUGAUACAGCUGGCAGAGUUGCAAGCUGGGCUGUCAAUUUUGAGAAAUUACUCAAAGAUCCUAUUGGAAUUGGUAUUUUUACAGAAUUUCUGAAGAAAGAAUUCAGUGAGGAAAACAUUAUCUUUUGGAAGGCAUGUGAACAAUACAGACUGCUGGCUGAUGAGCAUCAGAGAAAGGUUAAAGCUAAAGAUAUCUACACACGUUAUUUAUCAACUAAGGCAAGUGAUCCAGUCAAUGUUGAUAGCGCGGCACGUUCUUACUCUGAGAAAUAUCUUGAGAAUCCUACUGCCAUUAUGUUUGAUGUAGCUCAGCAACAGAUAUUUCAACUGAUGCGCCAAGAUAGCUAUGCCAGGUUUCUCAAAUCCGACAUGUACAAAACUAAAUUAAUGGAGGAAAUGGAAGGGAAACCAUUAGAAAAUCCAGGGGAAAAUAGCACAGAAUCAGAUGGCAAAAAAAAGGUGAAAGGCAAAGAAAAUGAUGAUAAAAGACGUCGUUCUAUUUUGCCUUGGAAAAACAGUAAAAAAUCGAGUAAGGCUUCAUCUCAAACUGAGCAGAAGGGACAGGGUAAAAAAGAAAAAGAAGCCAGCAAACCACAGUUGAAUGUCAGUAUGGCCAGUUUGCCGUCUACAUCCACUGUCACUAAUAGUAAUGGGAAUAACAAUUUAAAGAAAGCUCCUGGUCCAGGCAUAGAUCUUAGCACAAUGAGAAAGGAAGUGUUUAAUGCAAAAGAAUCUUGUGGUAAUACUGAAACACAUUUCAAGUUCUGUAGGAUUGUUAUGCCAGAUGGGUCGACCACUGUUGUGUGUGCUAAACCUGGUCAGACUUGUAGAUCAGUUCUAAGCAAACUUUGUGAGAAAAGAUCUAUUUCUAUAGCAUCUGUUGAUGUUUUUUUAUUAGGUUCAGACAAGCCUCUGGAUUUAAAUGAAGACAUUUCCACACUGGGUUCUAAGGAGAUUGUAAUAGAGAGAAGAGUUUUGUUUAGACUGGAUCUGCCAAAUGGGAAAUCAAUUGGGGUGAAAGCUAAACCAAACAGAAGUAUCCGAGAUGUGUUCAAACCCAUAUUGACUAAAUAUGGUUACCACAUUGACAACAUUGGUGUUCACUUUAUGGGCUUUCAAGAUUUCCUGGACUUGAAUACGUCUGUCUCAGAAUUAGAUAAUCAGAGGGUUGUGAUCGUACAUGAUAUUGAUACUGCAGUGGCGAGGUUGUGUAGGUGCUCACACCAUAAAAAAAUAUUAAGGCAAGGUGUGCAGCCAGUAGCCUUAAAUCCGACUAAGGUGCCGCCUGCGAACCGCUCAAAGUCAGGGCAUCGUGGCGGCUCCUUGGAGGAGAUAACCAAUAAGAUAUUUGAAGACUUAAUGAGAGGGAAAAGCCAGUUGGCCCAUGGUUUUGAUGAGCUAGGGGUACUGGAGUUAGACAAAGCCAAGGUUCACAAAAACGAAGAGGGGCGAUAUUUGGGCUUAUUCGGCCUACUGAGAAAAGAAUCAACAGCAAUAAAAGACAUCCACAAGGGGAACAAGUCGAAGGGCAAAGUGACAUUUACACUACCAAAGAGUGAUGUCAAGAAAAAAGUUAGCACAAAAGAAGGUGAACGUUUAAUCGACAUGUUGUCAAGUGCUCAGAAAUUGCGCCUUGAAGAGCAGCGAGGUAUACAUGUAUCUACAGGUGACUUGCCCUCUUUCCUGCUGGAGGGUAAUGGGCCACAAGAGACUAUGGACAGUUUGAAAGACAGCCAGAUUAAUAACUUAAACCAGUCUCAUCCAUCUGGGGUGGCUAUGUUUGAUGACAUUGAGGAAAUUUCUAAAGUUGGUUUCUUGGAAAAAACAAAAAGAAAAGAGCAACUGAAUUACUUGGGUACUACACCAGAAGUGGUCCACGGCAAUCACAAAAUGUCCAGAGACACUCACAAAUAUUCUGAUAAAACAGUUUUAAGUGAUAAAUGGAAAUCACUAACUGGCAGGAGUAAUCAUGACAACUGGACGGGAAGAAGUUCUCAACCUGAUAAUUCUCUUUUAAACAUGAAAAAUUCUUUUUCAAAUCAAGAGGGUGCGGUAGUAACAUCACAACAAACUGACAAUUAUUUGCCCAUGUCUCCAUUAAUAAUUGAUUCAAAGAAUGAUUCACAUCCAUUACAUUCUAAUGGAAAAUGCAGUACUAAUGCCAGGACAACCCAGUCAUCUCCAGAAAUCCUAUCAGACUUGAAUAGCUCUAAUUUAAAAACAUCAGAUAGGUUAAAUUCUUCUGUCACUCAGAAUUCACCCUUGAAGAUAAAGGUACCUUCAGAUUCCUACACUUCCAACAAACUGAAGGAAAGAAAUAAAACUCCUGACCCUCCGUCUUAUCAUAAUGCCAUAAGGACACAUGGUGUUGACAAAAAACAUCACCCAAGAAGUACAGACAAUGUUAUGGCUCACACUGUGAAUUCCGUUAACCAUGCUGAAAAUUCGUCCUCCUUUGAUCAUCGAGUUCUUGUAUCUCCCAAGUCAGACGAAAUGAUACAAAGAGAUGUUAAUGAUAUGAGCCGAAGGUCACUAGUUUCCCCCAGAAAUGAUAAACCGCCAUAUCCAUCACAGAGAAACACCCCUCUACGGGCCUCAUCACCAAAGCUUAAUAUUGGUGCCACCCCUUCCAGUAACUUUUACACUACGACCAACCAGAGAAACAGCCCUCAAAGUGCCUCAUCACACAAAUUUCACAUAGGUGCUACUCCUACCAGUGAUUCUCAUACUACAACCCUCCCAAAUAAAAGAUCAGCCACUCCUGUGAACCUGAGGUCUACUGGGAAAUGGGAUUUACAGUUUGUUAAUAGUCCACAUGCAACAGCUUUUACUUUAAGUCCUUACAGAGAUUCUGACCAUGAAGAAGAAACUGUUACAUUUGUAUGACUUGUUACGAAGAUGUACUGGUAGUAGGUGUUGGUUUUUAAAGGACAUGUACAAGAGUAAUUGUUUUAGGCAAGGGUCAAAGGGAAAUCCAGUUCUUAGGUCACUGUCAAUGCUUGGUUCAAUGACUUUUUUUUUCUUUUUUUAAACCACUAUGAAGAAGAAUGUUUUAUUACAUUUUUUUAUUACUAACAUUUUAGAAAUUAGUUGUUAGCUAUUAGUCAAUUACAUUUUAAUUACACUGCCAUUCUUGGGUUAGGUUUUCAUUGUAGUAGCAUUUUCAACAAACUAUUUCAAGGACACUUUCUAACAUUAUGUGUGCCACUCUAGUAAUUUAUGUUGCAUUGUAUCCAACAUUUUGUUGUUCAUCUAUUGCUAUUAUAAUGCAUACUAAUUAGCUUUUUCUCUUUAAAAACCACUAUGAAGAAGAAUGUUUUAUUACAUUUUUUUAUUACUAACAUUUUAGAAAUUAGUUGUUAGCUAUUAGUCAAUUACAUUUUAAUUACACUGCCAUUCUUGGGUUAGGUUUUCAUUGUAGUAGCAUUUUCAACAAACUAUUUCAAGGACACUUUCUAACAUUAUGUGUGUCACUCUAGUAAUUUAUGUUGCAUUGUAUCCAACAUUUUGUUGUUCAUCUAUUGCUAUUAUCUACACAUCUGAAUUUCACAUUGUUUUUAUAUCCAAUGUACUUGUAAAUAGGCUUUUGAUUUCAAUUCAUUUUAGAGAUAUCAUCUUUAAAAUAAAUUAUAUAUAUUUGUCACUAUCAUGAAUUGUUACCAAGAAAUAACAUAUUGUAAAAUAUAUUGUAUAUAAACCAAUAGAAUCUGCUAACGUGAACUCUGACAGGAUCAAUAAAAAGAGUUCUAAAUCUC